UUCUAGUUUGCAGGGACGAGGGUCUCAGCCUACCCGGCAUGAUCGAAAACCACACUGAACCCCAGAUUAAACUGGAAAAAGGACGAAUUCGUACUGUCAGCCCUCGAUUACGCACAGAGGGCUGCUGUACAUUGCCCCAGUCACUAGCGUCCUAGCCACGCGCUCCUCUUUCGUCUCCGACCGAAACGCAGUCUCACUAAAUGAAACAGACCUGAAGGUGCCCAGGGAAGCAGAGCACUCGGGGGAAGUGAGGACCGAGCGGGGCCUGGAGCGGCUCGAGCCCGAGGGGACGGGGUAAGGAAUGCCGGGGCGAGACGCCGCCGGUCCAGUGACGCCUCUCUCCGCACCAGCCACCGCAGCGGAGGGUGGUCCCGCCACUGCCCGCGCCCCACCCGGCCAAAGUCAAUCACUCACCCCGACGACGGACUCCGUGGAGCCGCCCCCAGCGCCGCAGAGUUUCGAUUCCCCAACGUGUGGAAACGGACGGAAAACAAACCGGGUCGCCAAGGGGUCACCAUGGGUUUCCGGUUUCCUCGUAGACACCGCCGCUUCCCCAGCGAAGGCAGCCGCUCCGUGGGCGCCGCGGAGGGGCUCCCAUUUCUCUCGCUUCGGCGGCGGUCGACUGGGGCCUCGGAGGUUCUGGAAGGAGGCGCGGGCCGAGGGCCGAGCCGCCGCCGGAGAAGGCUCGUCACCCGGCAACAGGCGCGCGGGACCCCGGCCCGCCGGCGCCGGCCCGGUCAGGGGGGACCGGCCCCGUCAGGGGGCGCGUCGGAGAGGGGGCUGGGCGGGAGGGCGAUCGGCUCACGGCUGUAAAAAGGCCUCCCGUUGUCCGCGGCUGGACGCCUGCGCUGCGCCAGCAAACCGGAAGUCAGGCCCAAGGGAGCCGGGAGAGCGUUCGCGAAGCCCGUGCUGGGGGUGGAGGGAGAAAGGGGACUCGGCGUACUACGCCUCCCGUCAGCCUCCGCGGCAGGAGGCGGGGGCCGCUGCGUACUACGCGUCCCGUGAGCCUCCGCGGCAGGAGGCCGGGGCCGCUUCGUACUACGCGUCCCGUGAGCCUCCGCGGCGGGCCGGCGGGGCCUCAGUGACGCGAGAGGCGGAGGUGGAGGCGGAGCCGACCUGGAGUCCAAGCUCCUUCUGCUCGCCACAUGACAGGCGAAUAAAUCGGGAGACAAGGUGCUGGGGCAAGGAAUAGAGACUUUAUUCAUAAAGCCUGCAGCCAAAGAAGAUGGCAGACUAAUGUCCUGGAGAACCAUCUUCCGCAAGUCAGUAUUCAGGCUCAUUUUAUACAAAAAAGGGGAGGGGUGUGGUUGGUUGUUUCAAACUUCUUGGUGUAGGAAUUCUUUGUUCUUGGAAUCCUUUGUUCUUGUAACUGUCCGUGUAGGUCAGGUCAUGGUGCCCCUGUAAAACCUCCAACAAAACAAACGUUAUUUUCUGUUCUGCAACUUGUUGUCUUUAUAUGAAUGAAAAAGUGUUAAUAUCCAAAAGUUUUAAUAUCCUUAAAGGGCAGAGUCUUGAGAGCAGGCUCUCCUGUCUAUUUCAGGUUCUAGGCAACAUUCUGUUACAAGAGGUGCAGAGCCAGCAAGACUAAGCCUAGGAAACAGGGCACAGGGUUAAAGCCAAAGGAACAGGUCUGAUAUGGAGUCAGAUUUAUUCUUUUCUAUUACAUGUACAAGUUUAUCAGUCUUUCCUUUAUGACUUUUUUGUGUCUUACGUACAAAUGCAUUUUUUACUUCAAUGCUGUGUAUGAUAUUUUACAUUACUGUUUAGUCAGUCUGGAAUUUAUUUUUAUAAAUGGUGCCGGGUUGAGAUUGAACUCUAUUUUUUGUUGUAAAAAAGGAUGAAUGAAUGUUGAAUUCCUCCCAUGCUUUUGGGAGAGUAACUAUUCAGAUGAUCACAUAUGGUUUUCCUUCUCUAGUCUAUAAGGUGGCACGUCAUGCAAACAGUGCAAGUGGCCAAGCAGCCCAUGUAUCAGACUUGCUGUUGUAGUACUUGCUAGAGAAUGCACACUUAGGUGGGUGGUGAGCCUCCGUCUCCUCAUUCCCCUCUGACGCAGAACACAGCAAUCUGUUAGGGCCAUAGGACACAUACCAGUAGAGACCCUUGACCGUUGAACUAUGGCGCUUUUCAUGAGUAAUUAGAGAAGCACCACCUUCUCCCCUGGCAUGAUCAGGGACAGUAUGCAGUAGUAAUGAAAUGUGGCAGAACUUUGGUUCAAGUACUUUCCUGACAGUAUGGCAUUCAAGGUGGAUAGGAAAGCUAAGACUUGUGAUUACAGUUGUAAGAAGCUGCAAGUUAGCACACGCCUAACUUGCAGUAGGGCACACCAGUAUACACGAUCGGGUUAGUACCAUCCCCUUCCCUGGCGUGAGGAGGUAGGACUGGGGUCCACAUUUUGUAGUUGACCAGUAUUGAUUGCCUCAGGCUCUGGGCCAUAACCAGAUUCCAUGGAGCUUUGAAAGAUGCUACAUUUCAGAGAAGACAGCUUGGAGGGGACCAGUGUUGGACUAAUUAACUCUUAUUUCUGAUUGCCUGUGUGGCCAUGAUCAGUUUUUUCCUUAAUAUUCUGAUAGAUCUGAUUUACUUUACAGAUCUGAUCUGCUUUAGCUAGGAUUUUUUUAAAUCUUCCUUCCAAAAUGAGAUUAACAUAGACUUUUCUUAUGCUCUGCUUAUCUGGCUUUUAAGAUCUCCUUUGGGUUAAAUAUAUACAAGCUAUCCUCUAGGAACUUUUACAUUUUGCUAUAGUUCUACAGCUGUAUUUCUAAUAUGAUUUAUUUCUGACUUUUCUUCUUUUGAAGAACCAACUUUGGAUUUAUUGAUUGUUAUGGAAUGAAUGUUUGUGAGCCUCCCAAAUUCAUAUGCUGAAUCCCUAAUCUCCAGUGUGGCUGUCUUUGGAGAAGGAGCCUCUAAGGAAGUAAUUAAGGAUAAAUGAGAUCAUAAAAGUAAGGGCCCAAUAUGACAGAAUAAGUGACUUUAUAAGUAGAGGCACCAGAAAGCUCUCUUGCAUGCUUCUGUGCACGCACACUCUCUCUCUCUGCUCAUGCACCAAGGAGAGGCUGCGUGAGAGGGACCAUAGUGAAAGGUAGCCAUCCACAAACCAGGAAGAGGGCUCUCACCAGAAGCCACAUCAGCCAGGCCCUUGAUCUUGGAUUUCCAUCCUCCAAAACGGUGAGAAAAUAACUUUGUUUUCUGUUGUUGAAGACGGUUGUUGAAGCCACCCAGUUUCUGGGUUGUUUGUUUGACUGUCUGUUUUAAUGACAGUCCACAUUGAUCAACUCUGUUGGUUAUUUAUGUGUUUUUCUCUUGCUGGUUUCCUAGUGUAUUCAUUUCUCUUAUACGUCAUUUUUUUAAAUGUAGGUUUCAUUCCAUGAAAAACUCUUGGCUCAGUCUUGCAGUUCAUUUAUUUUUAUUUUGACAGUGUAUCGAUUGUUUUUUUUUUUAAUUUCAGCGGUCAGAAUUUAAAUUUCCGUAAUAUUCUGUUGAUUCUUUUAAAGAAAUGAAUAUCCUUUCAUAUCUUUCUGGAGUUAGUAGACAUUCUAAAAUGCCAUCUUGUUUAGUUUAUAAAACUUGUGUUUCAUAGGUAAUGAAUGUUUUCUUUGGUUGGGUUUGUUCUCUCUCUUCCAUUAUUGGAUUUUUUUCUUUAAUUUUUGUGAUUUGAGUGCUCAGCUGUGUAUUUGGGAUUGUUUAUAAACUCUCUGUUUACUUUAGCUUUUCUCCAAAUACGGAAGGAGGAGUGGUAGGACCAAAUUCCUAGAUGGGGUGAGCCAGUGGCUUCUUCUGGGUCAUGAGAACUCUAUUCUUCCUGGGUGUUGCUAGCCUCCUGAAGCCCCUGUUUUACCCCUUCACCCCAGGGUUGGUUGGCUCUGCUCUACCUGACAAUAGACAUCGCUUUGCUUACUGCCUGACCCAAAGAGAGGUGACCCUCACUCUCUUGGCUGUCCCAGACCUGUCCUAUAUUCAUUAUCUGACACUUGUAGGCUUAGCAUACCCUCGGACCAGCUUCCAUCUUUGUAGGCGUUUUCAUCUGUGCAUGUUUUGGGCUGUGGCUUCCUUCUCUUCAUUCCCAUCUAUCUUCUUUCAUGGGAGGAAUCCUCCUAGUUUCUGGACACCUGAAGGUACUGCCUGCUUUUUAAAAAAAAAAAUUUUUUUUUAGAAGAUAUGGAGAUAGGUACACUCUUCUGUGAUUUUCUGGCACUUGGGGUGGCAUGAGAAGCUCUGGCGUGUAUUCAGUCUCCCAUCUUGAACCAGUCUCUGAGACAGCUAAGUUUAAAAAGUUGUUUUAUUUUGAUAUAAUGUCAUGUAAAGAAAAGUUUGAAGAAUAGAAGGAAGAAUUUCCAGUUGCUUUACACUCAGAUUUCCCCAAUAUUCUCAAUGGUAAUAUUUAAAAAUAAUGAUGUAGGAAUGUAUAUUCAGUAUAUAAUUGGGUAUGUAUAUUGAAUCAUUUAAGAGUAAGUUGUAGUGGUAUUACUGAAAAUAGCAGAUUAGGGAAUUUAAAAUCAAUCCCUUCACUAAAGCAAUGAUUAAGCUGGCAGAAACUGUUAGACUUAACUUUUUUGGACUUCUGGAAUCUAAUUUUGGAAUCUAAUAAAAACAUGACAACACCCAGAAGAGUGCUUACUAAAGCAGGCAGCUGCUCAUUUCAGUAAGUGAGCCAUGUGACGCUUUUACUUACCCACUGUGUUAGGGUAUUCCAGAGGAACAGAACCAACAAACGGGAUGUGUGUGUGUGUCUGUGUGUAUAUACACACUAUAUAUGUGUGUAUGUGUGUAUCUGUAUAUACAUAUAGAGAGAGGGAGAGAGCAAUUUAUUUUAAGGAACUGGCUCAUACAAUUGUGGUGACUUGGUAAGCCCCCCCCACCCCCCACCCCCCCCAAAAAAAUCUGCUGGGGUAGACCAGCAAGCUAGAGACUCAGUGGAGCGUUGCAUUUCAAGUCCAAAGGCAGUCUCCUGGCAAAAUUCCUUCUUGCUUGGAGAAGAUCAGUUUUUGAUCUGUUAAGGCCUUCGACUGAUUGGCUGAGGCCCAGCCACAUUGUGAAGGAUAAUCUGCCUUACUCAAAGCCCAGUAAUUUAAAUGUUAAUCUCAUCUUAAAAAACACCUUCACAGAAACAUCCAGAAUAAUAUUUGACCGAAUAUCUGGGUACCCUGACCCAGCCAAGUUGACACACAAAACUAACUAACAAUGGUUAGUUUUAAUAGCCACUUACUGUCCCCGUUCCCAGCGCACAGGUGGCCAUGGGAAUGACAGUUAGCAUUCCUGGUGUAACUUGCUGGUGCCAGAGAGGUUGACCACACUUGGCAAGGAAUGCAGUCUUUACAAAGAGUAGGUUGCAGAUAUGAUUUGUCUUUACCACUUGAUACUUCAGUAUGUUAUUUCCAAAAACAAGAAAUUAUUUUUAUUAUUACAUGACUAUAAUAUAGUUCUCCAAAUCAGCAAUUUAACUGUGAUGAAAUACCAUUACUAUCUGCAUACAUUUUAAAGGCUUUUGUCACAUACUUCAAAAUUUCUCUCCCCAAGUGUCCACGAAUUUCCGUUUUUGUCAGUAGUACGUGAGAAUUUCAAAUAAUCCUUUACCAUUUUAAAAUCAUAGACUAAUGUAGUUUUAAACUUUGCUAGAUUGAUAUACAGUAUCUUCAGAUUUAUCCCAGUAGAACCCCUAUCUCUUUUUGCUAUUGUAGACCUUACCUUCCUUCUCUGUAUUCUCUAAGAAUAAAAAAAAAAAAAGUCCAACUCUGGAAGUAUUGGGGAGAACUUCCAAACUUGAUUGUCCCUAGUAUAAACGCUGUUCUUUUAUUUUUAUUACAAUCAUUAUUCUCUACUACAUAUGCUUAUUUUUUUAAUUUAUCUUUACAACUUCUCUAUAAAAUAGUAAUUUUGCAGAUAAAAUUAUGAGGUUAAACGUCUUUCCCAAAGCUAUACAACUGGUAAUUAGUUGAUUCUGGACUCCUCAUGGACUUCCUGACUUCAGAGCUGAUCACAUUACAUUGGGCUGGUUAGUGAGAAGGACAGUGAAACACUCAAUGAACAUUUGCCGAAGGGAAUUCAUACCUGCUGUAUUUAAUUGUCUUGAAGAUAGUGAUAAAAGCAUAUUUCAUGAAAGACGAUGGCAGAUACCAGACUGAAGGCCCCAGAUGGGGACUGAAGGUGAUGAAGAGUGUUGAAUGUUAAUAAUUGACAAGAAAUACACCUUUUUCUAACUUGAUUGCCAAGUUAAGAGAAAUUAUAUGUGAACUGAAGACAGAAGAAACACUGAAAACCAGCACAUGCUGCAAAGCAAAUAAAAUAUAGUAAGUCUUGAGAGCUGACAAGACUUAACACAGAUGUGAUGAAAGGGUGGCUAGUGAAAUGUGGGCUCUGAGACGUGCUUCAAAGGAACAUAGCCGAGGAGCUAAUGGUCCUGCAGGCGGAGUAGAGGAUUUUUGAGGAAGAACAGUCAGAAAGCAUAAAUCAAGAAGUAGGAAAGGGGGACGAUGUUUUAGAAACCGUCUAGCCCCACUUUCUUUACCUUACGGAUUAUAGAGCUAGGAAGUUGCAUAGCCAGGAUGAGAAACUACGUUUUUGACACUGAGUCCUGAUCUUUUUCUCCUCUCUCUUGAAUAUUAUGAAAUUUUAAUCCAGAAUAUUAAAAUUACCUUUUUCAUCACUUCAGAUUAUCUUUGGAAGUAGGCGGGUUUGGUAUUACAGUUGUACAGCUGUUGGUUACACAUGACAUGUUACCUAGAAAUGGGAAUGAUGAAAAUUGAAAUUCUAAUGCUGAAAUGCACCGACUCUGAGGACACUCAUCCAGUAACCAUUACUUUUGUCAAACCCAGAAGACUUGCAGCAUCUGGGUUAGUCGGUAGUUAAAAAUGUAUGCACUUCCUGUAACAACAAUGUUGGCGAUCAAAAGAAUAAGGACAACUUUUUCAUUUGGAAGAACAGUCAUUAUUUUUCUCAUUCACAUACAGACAAUAAAAACAAUUUCUAUUAUAAGCAUCCAUUUAUCUUUACUCCUAUCCUGUACGUAUUUAUUCACACUGUCCCAUUAUAUUCUGAGAUUAUUCCGAACUCCUUGGUUAUGUUGUAAUUUUCCCAUCUGGGAUGCAUCAGUCACAAAUAAAGAACGUAAACAUUGUAAUAAAAAGUGAUGCUUCAUAAGAAUUCAUAUUGGCUGUACUCUAUCUUUGAGACCUUUGUUCUGUUGAACAAUGGAAUGAUGUAAUAAUUCAAUUCAAGAAGACUUGAUCUCAUUUUCUAAUUUUUUUCUGCUAUAACAUUCUUAAAUAACAUUCAUGGAAUACAGAAAUCUUUGGAGAACUUAUAUAAAGUCCAUAUGGACUUUUCUUAUUUUCUUUACCUCAUGAAUUUCACUUUAAUGCUACAAAUAUCUGUAGCAAUUGUGCUAUAUUAAGUUAUUUAGAACUGUUUGGUGGGGUUCUGCUGACUUUGGUGGUCUCUUUAAUAAAUUCAAUUUAAGUAGUAAUGCAUUGUAAUGUAUUGUUAUAAAUAAAAAAUUACUCACUAAUCCCUUUCCCAUCUGUUAGUAUAUUUAGCCAGUUCCCUCUGCCCCACAGAAAUAUAGAAGAAAUUGAGCAAAAUUAGGGAAGUGAUAUGAACGACUCCUUCAUGUUAAAGCACUAUUUAGGCAUUUUGAGAUCAACACAGAGACAACAAUGUUUUCAUCAUCAACUCAUUUAUUGCUGGAGGUACAAAAAUAAUGCCUCUUCCCUGGGAGAGCUUAAGUGCAGUGGUGGGAAUUAGACAGGAACGUCAUUAUAAUAUGUAGCAGAAUGUUGUCAGUACCUGAAGUUAAGAGGACGGGAAGGUCAAGCAGGGGGAAAUUGCAGCCAGUUGGGGAUAUGCGGAAAGACUUCUGGAAAGACACGGUGUUUAAGGUGGGUCUUGAAAGUAGGCAGUUUGCAGAUAAUGAUGGAGUAAGAAGAAGAGCAUGAGCAAUGGUAUAGAGACAGAACGCACUGGGUGUGUUUGGGAAGUAUCAAAUAAUGUAAGCUGAUGCUGUCUGGAAGACUAAUAAAGAAUGUAACGCUAGCAACCAUUUAAUGAGCACCCAUUGCAUGCUCUGCUUCUUGCCACGUACCCUAUGUGCAUUGUUUUAUUGAACUUUUACAACGUUCUAUGAGGUGGUGUUAGCGUUAUUCCUGCUUUCCAGAUGGAAAGAUAUUAAAUGAUUUUGCCCACAGUCAUACAGCUGUUAACUUUGUGUUCUUAGAUCUUAAUCAAGGUCUGACUGGUAAUAAAACCCAUACUCUUAACUACUUCACUGUAGAGUUGCACUGUGGAGAAUUCAAAUACAGAGUGGGGACCUUAUUUCCAAUUAUGUUAGCAAUGGGAAAUAAUACGUUUUUUUAGCAAGAGGAUCCAUUAUUGAGAGUUUAUAAGAUUAACCUAUUAUCAGUGAGUUGAAAAUUAACGUGAGGAGAGAGGAAGUAGACAGAUUGGUCAGUUGGCUGUUUAUAGCAGUCUAAAUGAACUAAUGAGAAACUGAGCUAGGUUUGUAGCAGUAGGAUUGGAAAGGUGGGAACACAGGCAGAAACCUUUUCAAUUUUGUAAGUUGUAACAAAAUGACAGCUUUAAAUUUACAUAGAGGGGAUGAGGAAGUAGGCAGUUUCAAAGUUGACCCUGGAUGAAAUUUGAGUCUAGGUAACAGUAAUGAGAGAGAAACUGUUUUGAAGGAAAAGAAAACUUGAUUUGGCCCAAAUUGAGGGUGCUUGAGUAAAUCCAGGUGUCAAAAUUAUUUGGAAUGUAGAUGUGAAGAUGAGAUUUCAGAUGGAGUUCAGGGAUUAAGAUGGAGAUUUGACAGCUGUUUGCAUAGGAGAGGGAGUCAAAGCUAUUUGAGUGAAAUCCCCAAGGAAAAGAAUGUAGAAAGAGAAGUUUGAAGACAGAACCUUGGAAAGGCCUACAUUUAGGGCCUAGAGAGAGACAGAGGAACUAGUAAAGAAAUCAGUAGUGGGUAGAGGUUUAAGGAUAAGUUUAGGAUUAACAGAUACACUAUUACUGUAUAUAAAAUAGAUGAACAGCAAGGACCUACUGUAGAGCACAGGAAACUAUAGUCAGUAUCUUGUAAUAACCUAUAAUGAAA